AUGUUGCUCGUGAUGGUGGAAUGUAAACGGAUGCGGUAUCGUUACAGUUUGGCGCUCACAGUAUUGGCAGCCGUUUUCACCAAUGAUUUGCGACGAUUACGUCGACCCCCGCCCACCGUAUAUGUGGUGGACGGACCGGUUAAUGUGGUCUACCCCGUGCCCAUACAGUCCUCUAAUACCUGCGGUUCCGGUUAUAGGAACGUUGACUACCAGUGCUCUGAGAGUGAGUUAUUGGAUGCCAUCGAAAGUCUGUUGAAUAACAAGGUGUGCCCAUACAGUCCUCUAAUACCUGCGGUUCCGGUUAUAGGAACGUGCUCUGAGAGUGAGUUAUUGGAUGCCAUCGAAAAAAUUGUAAAUAGUAACCAUAAAAGGCGAUCAUUAUGUAUAUUGGCUGUACUCAAUACAUUAUGCGCGGUGGGAGUCAUUGUAGUGAUGACCGUUCAUUAUGACGAGGACUUCUGGGCUCAUUUGGAUGAUCCUUAUGAAAGUCCAACACAUGGCAAAACAUGGGGAAUGGUUAGAAAGUCUGUUCUUCCAGUUGGUGUGCUAUAUAUCAUUUUCGCAAUGACCGGGGUAAUUGGUGCCUACAAUGAGCAUUACAAUAUCACCAUGGUUUACGGGGUAAUGAGCACGAUAUUAGCGGGAACCAUAUAUAUUGCCUCGUACACUUUUGCGAUCAACUAUAUUUGA